AGAAACUUUGUUUACAAGAUCACAAAGACCAGGGCCAAACUCGGAUACAACAUGAUUAAGUAUAGCCUUCCCGACUCUACAUUGAACAGUAGAAGAGUUUUGUUCAAAGACUAUGUUCUUUACGGCAUCAAUAAGAAGAAACCACCAGAAACCAAUCACUUACAGUCGCAGGACAACUUUCAAGAACUAAUAGAGGGUGAAUUGUUUGCCAUGUUAGCGGAAGAUCAUUAUCAUUACGAAGCUGCUCCAUCGCUACCAUACGAGCAGAUUGCAUUGGGUGUCCCUGUUGCCUAG